AGUUACCUUCAAUAAAAUAGAGACAGAAUACCUCUCUGAACCCGCCUAGGUUUUGGGGAGUCCCUUUGGAGCCAAGGGAUAUUCAACCAAAAAAGCUCAUUGUGUCAACCCUGGUUCGGUUUAGUCAUCAAAUGUAGAAGGCCAAUAUGUCCCUGGUGUAGGCUGUUCUUUAAAACAAAUAUAGGCACCGUAGUGAUCAUAGGGGAGCCAGGGGUGUAUAGUUUGCCUGUUUCAGCUUGAAUCAUGUGUUGAGGCCAAAUUUACACACCCAGUACCUAACUCAUAAUUCUACCUAAAUAAUAAGUGUGAUGCUGUAAAGGGUCUCAAAAACAAAUAUAGAAUCAUCACCAGCUUUUAAAAAAGAAUAUUGAUGGUGUUAUUUAGCUGCUACUCUUUCAAUACAUACUGUCAGAAAAAAAAUGGAAAAUCCAGAAGCUAUUUUGGACAUUUUAUCACUGCGCUCAUUUAAUAAGCGUUAUCAUGAAGCUUCUGAUAUUGGAAUAACAGAUACACCGAUAGGUAUUCAAUCACUUACAAAGAGUGAAGAUCUUGAAACUUUUGCUCGGGACCUAACAAUUGACAACUCUAUUUCUGCCUGUUUUGAAGAUUCUUCACUCAGUUCUUCUGAUAUUGGUGUAAACUGCAGACAACCUACUCAAAUGUCAAACAAAAAUGUCAAAAUAUCAACAUCUAUUAAAGAAUCUGAUAUGUUAGUUUUAUUAGAAAAAGAACAAGAUAAUUUUAAUACAAUUUUUGAAGUCACAAUGGACAGUCCAACAAAAAAACAGUUAGUUUCAGAGGAAUAUGAACUAGAAAAACCAAUAAGCAAAAAUAAUGCUGUUUUACCUAGCAAAAUCAGUGAUAUCUCUUUGCAGAAUUUUCAUAAAUUAAGGGAUGAAGUUCAAAUAAAACAGCAGUACAAAGACUGUAAUAAAAUUAUGAGUGCAAAAGAUACCCAUCAAAGUGAAAAAAUAUCACAAAAAACAAAACAGAUUGGUUUAGAGUUGGCUACUGUAAAUGGAAAAAAAAAUUGUUUAUCUGAAAAGAAAUCACAUCAAAAAUAUACAAAUGAAAACAACGUAUCAAUUGGAUUACACUGUGUUCAUGCUCAAGGAGAAACCCAAACAAAGCAAAUAGAACCUGCCAGCCAUGAUAAAAUUAUUAUAAUUAAUAACUGUCACAAUAGCAAUGAAGCUAUUCAAAAACUUAAAGCUUUUGCUAAAUUACCUGGUAAUUUACAACUUCCAGAAAAAGGCAAAUCCAUCAAAAAAAAAAAGUUAGAUAUCUGUGAUGACUUUGAUUUUGAUGACUUGUCCUUAAAUCCACAUCAAUACCAAGAUAAAUCACCAGCACAAUUAAAAUCUAAGUCAUUAGAAAGUAACCAGAGCAUAUCUAAUUCAAUGAAAGAUCAGCUAAAAAUAGUUGAGGUAGUUUCUUUUCAGAAAAAUUCAACCACCUUGGACACUGUAGAUAUUUAUGGACCUAUCUCUAAAUUAAAUGAUGAGCAAAAGUUUGUAAACUCUGAGAUUCACAUGUGCUGUGCUGAAGAAUCAAAUGCUCAUGGGUCUAACAAUGCAGUAGGAUCCUACGCAAAGCAACCUUGCAAACCAGAUCAUAAAAUCUCACAGUUUGAAAGUGAGCAUUACAAAUUGCAUUCUUGUCAAAUAAAUAAAAAAUUAUUUACUAAAGGUGCUGGACCCAGAAAACCAUUAAGACAGAUUGAAGACUAUUCAUUAAAAGCUUCUGAUGAAAAUACUAUGAAAAAUCAACCAGUUUCUUGUUCUGAAAAAAUUAAAUUAAAGACUGAAUGUGAUAAUCCUUCAGAUUCCAUUUCUCCAUUUGUGGAAACAUUUAUGUUAGAAAUGAUCAAUCGAGAGCUGAUUCAUCAAGUAUUUGGAAAACAGUUUUUAAUCGAAAGGUGUAACAGUAUGCUGUCUGAAGUUAUUACAAACCUUUCUAUGAGUCAAAUACUAGAUAGCUUGAAUGCAGCAUGUGAACAUAUAAAGUUAUUAGAAAAUGACAAAACACAGACACCUCUUAGGGAUGCAACAGAGAUUCUGAAAAACCUGCAACGGUCUACUUUAAACUUAACUGAAUUCAAAUUUUCUAUUCAAGUGAUUCAAGACAAAAUGGCUUUGGAAUUAAUGGAAACCUGUUUUGAUGAUUCUAUUGAAAUUUUGACCCUUUCGAGGGCACUUUUUCAUGAAGCUUUAUCUAUUGCCAAAGUUCACCCACAAGAUUUAAAUAAGAAAAUUAAAGACCUAGUAGUUAAUAACCUUAAAAGAACAUUGGCUGAAGUCAGCUGUUUUUCAUCUCCUGCAAUAAACUAUGUUACUAAAAAAAGAGAAUGUAUGGAAGUGCCAAGUCAUACUUCAUUAAUACAAGAGGUUAAGCAAAUUAUAAACAGUGCAAAUUCAGAUAAUAGUUCUAACUUCCAGUCUAAUGGACAAGGUUUGAAGACCUUAUAUACUACUGAAGACACUCCUAGUCUUGAAUUACCUUUGCUCAGUCAUACAGAUAGGGAUCAUUUAAAUAUUCUAAAUCCAGAUGAAAAAUACCCACAAGAAAAAAAAGGAAACAUAUUUAAAAAAAAAAGUACUAAAAAUACUUUGUUGCCUAAUGAAAUGCCUGGCCUAGACAAGAAGAUUAAAGAUUUUGAAAAUGAGUUGGAAAACUUUGAGAACAAUCCAAGUCAAAGACAAGUACAAAUAAAACAAAACAUCCAGCAUCACAAUGGCAGUAAUACAUCACUAAACCAGUGCAAUUAUAUAAACAAUAAUGAUCAUGAUAAUCUUUUAUUGACCUCACAAGCCAGAAACUAUGAGAGCUGUAGAGAGAGUAACAGUCAAAGAAAUGUAUGUGAUAAAAAUCGCUUUUCUAGCAAUUGCAAAUCUGAAAAAAAACGUCAAAAGUAUUUUGAAUCAUGCAGAAGAGGCAGAAGGAAGCACAGAAAGUUUUGGAAUGAAUCAUGGUACAAAAGACAGAAACACAACUACACAUCUAAACUUUCAAGUACAUUUUCCUCCACUCAGUCUACAGCACUAAGCGAAAAACCAAAUUUUUAUCUUCAAAAAAUCAGUUAUAAAUCUAAAAAUGCAUCAUUCUCUAACUCUUUAUCAAAAAAACAAAAGAAAUUUUAUUGUGAUAAUUAUGAAAGUGAUGAUGAAGAUGAAUGUUUUGUUGGAGUGAGAGUGAAUGUAGAAAAUGAAGAUCUAACGGAUGAAGGACUAAGAAUUCAUAGGUUACAGCGCCAUCUACAAUCUGUACAAAAACUUAGACAAAACAAUGAGGAAAUUAUAGAAACUAUUAUAACAGGAACUGGAGAAAAGCUUGUACCUCAUGACCAGUGUACAGAAUCUAAGGAUUGUCUGUUUAUCAGUGAUCCUUGUCGAACAUCAAGAAGCACUAAUGCCCUAGCAGAAAUAGUUUUUGGGUCAGAAGGUCACUGUUCACAAAAACCACUUAGCAGAAGUGAGGUACAGCAGAGGAGAAAAAAAACAAGACAUUUUCUGAAUACAGCCAUUUGUGAAGUAACCCCUAAAGUAAAAUGUAAUGUUGAAAAAUGUAAUGGUCAGAGGCAUGUGUUCAACAUGAAGCUGAAUGAACAAGCAGGCUUUGGAAUUCCAUGGGAUCAACUAAAUUUUACUGAAUCUGAUGAAACUGAUGUCUCUGAAAAAAUCUAACUCUUGUACAGGACUUAAACUUAAAGCAUUGGUAUUGUUACUUAAAAUGUAUUACACAAAUGGUUGCUAAAUUAAAUAUUGAAAAAUUAA